UUAAAGAGCGACAUCUAUCAAUAUACAUGCCAGCAUACUAUUACUGGUCUGCUAGCGAGGUAGGUUGGAAAUAUGGAAUGUGCGGGGAAAUAGCGAGAGUAGACAACAUAGAAGAACAAUGGUACAGACAAACUGAAUAGACUAUACUCAAUAGCGAAAUAACGAUAAGGUUGGGCGACAAUUUCGAAAAGGCAAAGUGAAACCGAUAGCAGCUUAUAAACAACAAAAUGGCGCAGACACAAAUGACACCGGAGCAGCAGCAACAACAGCAGAGGGACGCUGCCUUGAAAGCUGGGCCACAGGCCUAUUCGGGCUUUAUGCGACCACAGAAAACAGCCAGUGGAUACACAGAACGAAAAGAUAAACCUACAAGAGAUUGCAUUGAUGUGAUGUGCUAUUAUCUAAAUUACGACUUGUUUAUAGCAAAGACGUUCUAUUUCUUCUUCUUUGCUGCAUUCGGUUCUUUGUUCCCGCUGCUUGCUGUUUAUUUCAAGCAGAUCGGUAUGACGGCUAGCCAAAGUGGAAUGCUCAUGGGCUUCCGGCCUUUCAUCGAAUUCUGUAGUGCGCCACUCUGGGGAAGCUUGGCAGACAGGUGGAAAAAAGCUAAGCACAUUUUGUUGUUUUCUCUUUUCUGUUGGAUCGUGUUCACACUUGCCUUGGUGUGGAUACAGCCUGCGCCACACGCUUGUCUAGUGAGCAAUAACACGCACAUUAUUCUCCAAGAAGUCCCAACUAGAAUCAGAAGAGAUACAUCUUUAGCCUUUGAGAAUCUAAAUAAGGAAAUUUUCCCCCGAUAUGGUUCGUAUCUCGUGCAACCUGAUUUGAGUCGUUCAAAAAGGUCAACUGCCUAUGCCCUGUCCAAUAGACGACCAAAGUUUGAAGAAUGGGAAAUAGGUAAAUCCCCCGUUGCGGUUAAUCAUGACGAGAUCGUAAAUGUAGGGGAGUGGCAGGUUAAAGGACUCAUACGCCCACCGUUGAGUAGUGUGGUAUAUCGAGACAAGGACGUCGGGGAAAUAUUCCUUUUGUUGUUGUUGCUUAUCAUUGUCGGUGAGUUCUUCAGCGCACCUGCAAUUACAUUAGCUGAUUCUGCGACGCUUACGUUUCUAGGAGACGAUUCCGAAAACUACGGGAAACAGAGAAUGUUUGGUUCUCUAGGAUGGGGCCUUUCUAUGUUUUUUGUUGGUAUUGCUUUGGAUAAUUCUAAUGUGUUUACUGACCACCCAUGUGGAGAUGAGAUUCCAGGAGAGAAAAACUACACUGUAUGUUUCGCUGUGUUUUCGGUCCUCAUGAGCUGCGCGUUCAUCGCCGCUACACAAUUCAGGUUUAUGUACAAUGGGGUCGAAGAGCGAAUCCCACUGGAUAAGGUCACCGAAAAACUCAAAGACAAGAUGCACAAUAAGCUAAUUAAAUUCAAGAACUAUGACAAGAGUCAACUCAUUGAGGAAGAACAAGACGAUGAGCAUCCAUAUGGUCAACGAGAGAAGCCCAUGAGCGAGUAUGAGAGAAUCGAAAGAGAAAUUAAAGGCGACCUUCCUGGCGAUAAGAGUAAGCUCCAGAUCAGUAUGGACGACCAGGGGGGUACGGGGGACAUGGUCACGGAUGCCGUAAGUCGGAGUGGAAUGUACAGACCUGGGACCAGUGAUCAAGGGAUUAUGCCUAAUAUGCCAAAAUGGAUGACAAUCUUUAAAUGUUUUGGUACCAUCCGAUAUGCCUUGUUCCUGUUCAUCGCUUGGUUUAUGGGAUUUGGUAUCGGGCUUGUAUUUACCUUCCUCUUUUGGCACCUCCAGGACCUUGGUGGGACGCCUACCAUAUUUGGUCUCGCCUCAGUUAUCAACCACGUGUCAGAGAUUAUCGCAUAUUUCUUUAGUGCAAACCUCAUCAACAAAAUAGGUCAUGUGAAGGUGCUGUACUUAGGUCUACUAGGUAACGUUGGAAGGUUCUUGUACAUAUCUUGGCUAACCAAUCCCUGGUGGGCAUUGCCAUUCGAGUUUGUACAAGGUUUAACACACGCUGCAGUGUGGGCUGCAUGUUGCUCGUACCUGACCCAGGCAAUUCCACAAACAUUGCGCUCUUCAGCACAAGGUCUCCUACAGGGUGUCCACCACGGAUUGGGGAGAGGAUGCGGCGCCAUUUUUGGAGGGCUACUCAUACAUUAUUGUGGCAGUGCAUACACCUUUAGGGGCUAUGGGUUCGCCUGCCUCCUUGUGCUACUGGUGUUUGUUAUUGCUACAUACUUCCUCAAGGAGAAGUCACCGGAUCUGGAGGCCCCUAACAAGAUGAUGGAAGAAAAUCUUCACUUAGCCCCUUGUGGAGUACCUAUGGCACCAGAUAAGAAGGUCAUUGAUGAACAAAACCAUUUGGGUGGUUAUGGAGCAACGACUGGUAGCAAUGAAGGAGACAGCUUCGCUGACAAAUAUGCCAACUCCUACCAACAGAGCCAAGGUCACGGGAACCAAGAAGGUUAUGGCUAUGAUCAAGGAGCAGAUUAUAACUAUGACCUUGGAUCCCAUUUCAAAGGUUACCAAGGUAUGAAUACUCAAGGUCAACAAGAUGAAGGUGGACAUGAGCCUAGACAAAACAUCAACAUUCAAGGACCAAAUAUUGCAACUGAAAUGCAUAUGCCACAGCCUGAUGACAAGUUUGCUGUUACAGAUAAUGUGAGACCUUGGUGAUUUACUUGCAGACUUAUAAGCUGAAUGGAAAUAUUGUGUCAUGCAAUAAUCAUUUUCCCGGCCGUAUUCAAGAAGUUGACAAAAUACAAAACAUUGAUCAUUAUGCCUAGUUACACAGAGUGUUUAAAAUCCAUUUUAAGAUGAAUUAUGGUUUGGAUGAUAUGUCCAUAUGUUAAUAAAACAGAUGCCAUUGCAUCAUUAUUCCCAAGUCCCGUUUUAAAUUGUUAAAUCAUCAAAUUUUCGGUUUUGAUCACGUUUGUAAGUUUUCUGUCAGAAUCCUAAUUUAUAAGUAUAAUCUUAGUAUUGAUUUAAGUCCUUGUGAACCCUUACCAUUUAGCACCUUAGCUCCACAAAAGAAAUAGUUGAUUGGGGCGGGUCUAGAGAUUUGAUGUUAGAUAAGGGUAUAAACUUUAUUUUGAUUCAAAUAUGCAUAAAAAUAUAUAUAUAUCCUGUUAUGACUAGAACAUCAUAGUAUUGUACUAUUGUACAUAAUAUGUGCUGUGUAAAUACAAGAUUAUUGUCCAGUUAGAAACAUAUAAUUGGCCAGUGAAUCAAUUUAUUUAUAAUGGAGGAGAGCGUUGCAGUUACAUUUAAACCUAAAACUUUAGGUUACCUGUAAAUAAUUAGAUACAUUUUGUUGAAUAGUUACGUAUAUUAUUCAAGAUAAAGUUGAACGAAUGGAUAGAUAGAUUAUGUUAAAAACAAUUGCCUGUUGAAUAUUUGAAUUAAAUUGCACAUUAAUGAAACUAUUUUGUGUGGUUAUAAAACAUUUAAUUUGGAAUCAUACUAAGUAUAUUGCAGUCAUUAAGUUCUGUUUUACACAGGUACAGUCAUCAUACGAUGAAGAAAUAAGAUGACAUUUCUUCAUCCGUAAAGGCAUCAUGGGAGAUAUAGAAACGCUCUAUGAUGUAGUGUAAAAUCAAUGUAGGCCUGAGUCGCAGGUUAGACAUCGAAAUCAUAUUCAUAUGUGGGGUUUUAAACUGUCAGUAUGU